AUGCCGCCGAAAAUGUCAGCGGCAAGGCUGAGCGAGGUGCAACCGACACCCGAGGAGCUCGAAGCCGCGAAGAAAAUAUUGGCUGGCUGCAACUCUUCGCAGAGGCGGUCCAAGCUCACUUGCAUGGCGCACUUCCUCAAGAACAACCCCGACCACAAAGCGGAGUCGGACAGGCAGGCCUACCUCCACUACUUCAUCGUGCACCAGCUCAGGGAGAAGGACGUCACCAAGAAGUCGACGAGCCAGUACAGCCAGAUCGACACCACUCAGAAGAUGAAGGACUUCUACGAGUGGAGCGCAGAGAAGAUGGACCAGGAGAUGGGGCCGCAGAAGGCGAAGGGCUUGCGUGAUAGUGGGAAGAUCAAAUGGCAGGCUUGCUCGCCCACUGGGAGCGUGGAGGAUCACAUGAAGGAAUGGUUGGUACCCAUCUCGUGGAAGCGCCUGGCUGAAGUCGAGAGCACUGGCAGGACCGUCACCGCAGAGGGCGAGGCCACGGAAGAUGACUUCCAGCACUUGCAGUCGAUGAAUUCCAUUUCUGCGGCGGGCUCUUCUUCAGGUGACGUCCAAAUCAAGCAGGAGCCAGAGAGCGAGAUUGACAAGCUGCAGAAAACGAUCAACGCGUUUCUGGAGAAGAAGGAGACUAUCUUGAAGGAUGCUCAGGACAUGGAGAUCGACGCCAAGAAGGUGAUUGCCGAGGCCAAGAAGAGCGAGCAGGAGAAGUACCAGGAGAUGGUGAUUGUCGACUACGAGAAGCACCUCGCGUGCGUAUCCAAGUUCACCAAAUUGAUGCAGCGCCUGCUCACUGAGGAGUUCGAGCAUAAGGCUACCCUCAACCUGAUCACGACCAGUGAUGGCAUCAAGGAGACCGACACCAAGUUGAAGCAGUGGGCCCACCGCCUCGGCCUGAGAGACAAGAAGCCUAAGCGCAAGGUCAGGUGACUUGGCACCUUGGCCUGGCAUGCGAACUACAAUCGAAGCCUACUUGGGUAGAGUCUCGCAGGUGCUGCUUGAGGGAGGGCAGCACGACUCUGGGAGUAAGCUUGGACCGCUUACAAUCGAGCCUGACAGGCAAUAUAGAUCGGAG